UAUCUAGUAUUUGUCUCUUAAAAUUUUUCCAGGGAAAUGAACCGUUCCAUCCAAGCAGAAAAAAUCCGGACCAAGAGAAAACCUUUCCUAAUUUUCCCGCCGGACUGGAAUUGACUUCCAACUUUUCCAACUUCUCACACAACUCCCCUGGACUCAGAUCCUCUUAGGCUUUGCUCGCUAGUUUCAGAUCCAAAGCGAGAUAGGAUGGCAAAAAAACAAUCGGAAGGAGAGCAAAUAUCAUCGGCAAAUGCAGUCUUUCUCGGAGCUUUAGCUCCCGGUGUUAACGCUCCCACAUGGACAACGCUAAGAUUUGCGUUUGUGAUGUUGGGUCUGUGCCUUGCUGUGAUGCUGGGCUUGGCAUUCUCUUCCAGUGACUCUUGGUUGGUACUUCAUGUUGCGUUCCUAGUUCUUAUCACCAUGACCCUCUUCUUGCUUCUUAGCUGGUUUCUUGCGCAGACUGGUUUGGUUUCUGUUGAACAUCAAAUUCGUGAGAUGGGCUUAGCGCCAAAUGAUCAAGAGGUGAGUAAAGAAGGCGUGAAGAAAACUGAGGAGAAAUCCCUUUAAAAGGGCAACUUAUAGUUCAUGUAAAGACAAUUACAUUUGUGAUACAAUCUUUCCAAGAGGAAUGAGAAGACAAAGGUUGUCAAAACAGCAAGCAGAUUGCAGUAGUUGUGGGAAUCAUGUUGGCCAGAGGAAUUCCAUCUUUCAGUUACUCUGGACCUCUUUCUGCUUGUGUUUGCUCUUUCUGGGUUUGAUGAAGCAGAAGCACGAGCAACACGGGAACUGAAGCAAGAACUUCAUCUCUUUGAUUUGAUGUUGUGGGAAUCAUAUUGUUUGGAGAUCUUUAUAUACACGGAGCCUUUGCUCUUUUUUUCUUUUUUUUUUGUUCCUCCCUUAGGAUGCUUCGCCUUUUCCUUAUUGUUUUUUUUCCCUUUUUUAAAGAUAAAAAGAUGCCAAGCGUAGCUUCUCCAUUUGUGUCAUCAUUGCCAUUGGGUGUAAUAUGCUCCUUGCAAUUUGUUCCUUCUGUAAGACGAAAACGUGACUACAUUUGUAUUCCUUUCAUGGAGGAUAGGAAAACACUUCGCGUGAUCGGA